AUGGAGAAUUUCUUAACUGCUCAACAAGAACAAGGAGAAAUAAUUCAGCAAUUAACUUCAAGGAUAUAUCAGCUUGCCACUCAUAACAGGAUGGUGGAAAACCAAAUAGCUCAACAUGCAAGUUCUUCUAGCAAAGCACAAGGAAAACUUCCAAGUCAACUAGAGAAUCCUAGAGAACAUUGCAAGACAGUGAUCCUAAGGAGUGGGAAAAUUUUGGGAGAUGAAAAGAAAGAUGAGGUAGAAGAGGAAAAGAAGAAAGAAGAUGAAGACAAGAAUGAAUAUACUUCAAAUCAUAAUGAAGUUAAUAAGGAAGCAAACAAAAAGAAGGGAAUUGAAAAAGAAGAAGAGGAAAAGUAUGUGCCUCCACCACCAUACAAGCCACCAUUGCCAUAUCCUCAGAGGUUUCAGAAAGUAAAGCUAGAUAAACAGUUUAGGAAAUUUUUUGAAGUUUUGAAGAAAUUAUACAUCAACAUUCCAUUUACAGAUGCAAUUUCUCAAAUGCCCUCAUAUGCUAAGUUCCUGAAAGAAAUUUUAUCAAAUAAGAGGAGAUUAGAAAAUUAUGAAACUGUGACAUUAACAGAGGAGUGUAGUGCUCUCUUGCAGAAUAAGCUCCCACCGAAGUUGAAGGAUCCAGGAAGUUUCUCUAUUCCUUGUCACAUUGGGGACACUAGCAUUGACAAAGCAUUAUGUGAUCUUGGAGCUAGUGUAAGUUUGAUGCCACUCUCUAUUUGUGAAAAGUUGAAGGUUAGAGAAUUGAAGCUAACAACCAUUUCUUUGCAACUAGCUGAUAGAUCUAUCAAAUAUCCAGUAGGAAUUUUGGAGAAUGUACCCUUAAAAGUUUGA